AUGUCAAUCAGAACGGAAGAAAGUGACAGGGCCGUGACGCUCAGAGGCCGCGAGACGGCAAGCGGCGGCGUAGGCCGUCUUCGGCUCGAGAGCUUCUUCAACUCUCCAAAGUUCUCCGACUUUGCCAUCAAAGUGGGCGACCGCGAGUUCAAGGUCCACAAGAUCGUCAUAUGUGGUCAGUCAGAUUACUUCGAUCGCUUGUUCGAAGGAAAAUGGAAGGAAGUUCUUGAAGACUCGAGCGACCUCGUGGGAGACGACCCAGCGGCCGUCGAGGCAAUGGUCCGCUUCAUGUACGAAAACGAAUACGACAGCAGCGGAUACGACGACACGGACAUGUCUCCGAUGGUUUUCGACGUCCUGGUGUACCAAGUCGCGGAUAAAUACGGCGUCGGAGCACUCAAGAAGUUGUCCAAGGGAAAGUUCGACCGUGCGACCAGCAUUUGCUGGGAGAUGGACGAUUUUCCUCGCGCGGUAGCUCAAGUCUACAGUUCUCCCGAAUGCGAGGAACUCCGUGACACGAUCGCUCGAGUUUCUAGCAAGCACAUCGACAAGUUAACCAUGAAGAACAACUUCUUCCGAGUCCUCCAAGAGACGACUGGCUUUGCUGCUGACGUGGUUCGGCGCAUGGUCAAAGGUGCUAAUUUGCAAGGCCAAACCCAAUGUCCCAAUUGCGGCGAGGAAGUGGAAUUUUAG